AUGGAUCGUCAGAAUCAAGAUCUUCAGAGUGCAGUAUCGCGAGAUGAUCUUCAAGCGGUUAAAGGUCUAUUACAACAAGGUACUGGGGUAAACCAUCCAGAUAAAAAUGGAAACACUCCAUUACACAUGGCUGCACAACGUGGCAACAAUGAUAUCGUGGAGUUUCUCAUUAAACAUGGUGGUGAUGUAGAGAAGGAGAAUGAAGAUGGACAAAUACCCUUACAUCUUGCUGCAUCAUAUGGAAACCUUGAAGCAACAAAGGCGAUACUCAGGCGCGGUGGAAAUGUGUACAAAGAGGACAACAUAGGCAACAGUGCAUUACUUAACGGCGUAAAUAAUGGUCACAAGGAUGUAGUCCGAUACUUUCUCAGUCAAGGCACCAGUGUGAACAUGGUCAAUAGUAAAGGAAUGACACCCUUGUACAUCGCUGCCGGUUGGGACAAGUUUGACAUGUUGAAAUACUUGAUCAGUGAAGGAGCCGAUGUACAUUGUACACAGGAAAACAAUUUAUUGCCAAUGUCAAACGCUGCAUCACUUGGUCAUGUAGAGGUAGUUAAGUAUCUUGUAAGUCAAGGAGCUGAAGUGAAUAGGGUUGAUAAUAAUGGUCACAGUGCAUUGCGUGGUUCUGCUUUCAGUGGUCAUAUUGAGGUUACCAAAUAUCUGAUUAGUCAGGGAGCUGAGGUGAAUAAGGGAGAUAAUGAGGGCUUGACACCUUUACAUCUUGCUGCUCAUGGAGGUCAUAUGGAAACAUGUGAAUAUCUGAUCAGUCAAGGAGGUGAGGUGAAUAGAGGGAAAAAUAAUGGUUCGACUCCAUUACACAGUGCUGCUCAGGAAGGUCAUCUUGAAAUCACCAGAUAUUUGAUCAGUCAAGGAGCUGAGGUGCAUAAAGGGAAAAAUAAUGGUUCGACUCCAUUACACAGUGCUGCUCAGGAAGGUCAUCUUGAAAUCACCAGAUAUUUGAUCAGUAAAGGAGCUGAGGUGAAUAGGGUUAAUGAUAACGGUCGCAGUGCAUUGCGUGAAUCUGCUUUCGAUGGUCAUAUUGAUGUUACCAAAUAUCUGAUUAGUCAAGGAGCUGAGGUGAACAAGGGAGAUAAUGAGGGCUGGACUCCAUUACACGUUGCUGCUCACGGAGGUCAUCUGGAUACGUGUGAAUAUCUGAUCAGUCAAGGAGCUGAGGUGAAUAAAGGGAAAAAUAAUGGUUCGACUCCAUUACACAGUGCUGCUCAGGAAGGUCAUCUUGAAAUCACCAGAUAUCUGAUCAGUCAAGGAGCUGAGGUGAAUAAAGGGAAAAAUAAUGGUUCGACUCCAUUACACAGUGCUGCUCAGGAAGGUCAUCUUGAAAUCGCCAGAUAUUUGAUCAGUAAAGGAGCUGAGGUGAAUAAGGUUAAUGAUAACGGUCGCAGUGCAUUGCGUGAAUCUGCUUUCGAUGGUCAUAUUGAUGUUACCAAAUAUCUGAUUAGUCAAGGAGCUGAGGUGAAUAAGGGAGAUACAGAGGGCUGGACUUCAUUACACGUUGCUGCUCACGGAGGUCAUCUGGAUACAUGUGAAUAUCUGAUCAGUCAAGGAGGUGAGGUGAAUAAAGGGAAAAAUAAUGGUUCGACUCCAUUACACAGUGCUGCUCAGGAAGGUCAUCUUGAAAUCACCAGAUAUCUGAUCAGUCAAGGAGCUGAGGUGAAUAAAGGGAAAAAUAAUGGUUCGACUCCAUUACACAGUGCUGCUCAGGAAGGUCAUCUUGAGAUCACCAGAUAUUUGAUCAGUAAAGGAGCUGAGGUGAAUAGGGUUAAUGAUAACGGUCGCAGUGCAUUGCGUGAAUCUGCUUUCGGUGGUCAUAUUGAUGUUACCAAAUAUCUGAUUAGUCAGGGAGCUCAGGUGAAUAAGGGAGAUAAUGAGGGCUGGACUCCUUUACACGUUGCUGCUCAAGAAAGUCAUCUGGAUACAUGUGAAUAUCUGAUCAGUCAAGGAGCUGAGGUGAAUAAAGGGAAAAAUAAUGGUUCGACUCCAUUACACAGUGCUGCUCAGGAAGGUCAUCUUGAAAUCACCAGAUAUUUGAUCAGUCAAGGAGCUGAGGUGAAUAAAGGGGAAAAAUAUGGUUCGACUCCUUUACACGUUGCUGCUAAGAAUGGUCAUCUUUAUACAUGUGAAUAUCUGAUCAGUCAAGGAGCUGAAGUGAAUAAAGAAAAUAAUGUUGGUUGUACUGCAUUACACAGUGCUGCUAUUAGUGGUCAUCUUGAAGUCUCAGAAUAUCUGAUCAGUGAAGGAGCUGAAGUCAAUAAAGGAGAUAGCUAUGGUUUGAACCCUUUGCACUAUGCUGCUCAGGAGGGUCAUCUUGGUACCUGCGAUUAUCUACUCAGUCGAGGAGCUGAGGUGAAAAACGGAGAAAGUGAUCGCUGGAAUCUAAUUAGUGCUGCUUCCAACGGUCAUGCAUUCAUUGUCAAGUAUCUUCUAAGUCAAGGAGCUGAUGUGAAUAGGGUUGAUAAUAACGGUCGCAUUGCAUUGCGUGAAUCUGCUUUCGAUGGUCAUAUUGAUGUUACCAAAUAUCUGAUUAGUCAAGGAGCGAAGGUGAAUAAGGGAGAUAAUGAGGGCUGGACUCUUUUGCAUCUUGCUGCUCAAGAAGGUCACCUGGAUACAUGUGAAUAUCUGAUUAGUCAAGGAGCUGGUGCGAAUGAGGGAAAUAAUGAUGGCUGGACACCUUUACACAGUGCUGCUCUGAAUGGUCAUCUUAAUGUGACCAAAUAUUUGAUCAGUCAAGGAGCUGGUGUGAAUAAAGGAAACAAUAAUGGUAGGACUGCAUUACACAGUGCUGCUCGAAAUGGUCAUCUGGAUACAUGUGAAUAUCUGAUUAGUCAAGGAGCUGAAGUGAAUAAAGGAAUGAAUGAUGGUGGGACUGCAUUACACUGUGCUGCUCAGAAUGGUCAUAUUAAUGUGACCAAAUAUCUGAUUAGUCAAGGAGCCGAGGUGAAUAGGGUUGAUGAUAACGGUCGCAGCGCAUUGCGUGGUUCUGCUUUCACUGGUCAUAUUGAAGUCACCCAAUAUCUGAUUAAUCAAAGAGCUGAAGUCAAUAAGGGCGAUAAUGAGGGCUGGACUCCUUUACAUAUUGCUGCUCAAGAAGGUCAUCUGGUUACAUGUGAAUAUAUGAUCAAUCAAGGAGCUGAUGUCAAUAAAGCAGAUAAUAAUGGUUUCACUCCAUUGCACAAUGCUGCACUUAAAGGUCAUCUUGAAGUCAUCAGAUAUCUGAUUAGUCAAGAAGCUGAGGUGAAUAAGGGAGAUAAUGAGGGUCUGACUCCAGUACACGUUGCUGCUAAAGAAGGUCAUCUGGAUACAUGUGAAUAUCUGAUUAGUCAUGGAGCUGAUGUGAAUAAAGGAAACAAUAAUGGUAGGACUGCAUUAAACGUUGCUGCUAAAGAAGGUCAUCUGGAUACAUGUGAAUAUCUGAUUAGUCAAGGAGCUGAAGUGAAGAAAGGAAUGAAUGAUGGUGAGACUGCAUUACACUGUGCUGCUAAGAAUGGUCAUCUAAAUGUGACCAAAUAUCUAAUUAGUCAAGGAGCUGAAGUGAAUAAGGGAGUUACUGAGGGCUGGACUCCUUUGCAUAUAGCUGCUCAAGAAGGUCACCUGGAUACAUGUGAAUAUCUGAUUAGUCAAGGAGCUGGUGCAAAUGAGGGAGAUAAUGAUGGCUGGACACCUUUACAUUGUGCUGCUCUGAAUGGUCAUCUUAAUGUGACCAAAUAUUUGAUCAGUCAAGGAGCUGAUGUGAAUAAAGGAACGAAUGAUGAUUGUACUGCAUUACACAGUGCUGCACAAAAUGGUCAUCUGGAUACAUGUGAAUAUCUGAUUAGUCAAGGAGCUGAAGUGAAUAAGGGAGCUACUGAGGGCUGGACUCCUUUGCAUCGUGCUGCACUUAAUGGUCAUCUGGAUACAUGUGAAUAUAUGAUUAGUCAAGGAGCUGAAGUGAACAAGGGAGCUACUGAGGGCUGGACUCCUUUGCACAUUGCUGCUCAAGAAGGUCACCUGGUUACAUGUGAAUAUCUGAUUAGUCAAGGAGCUGAAGUGAAUAAGGGAGCUACUGAGGGCUGGACUCCUUUGCAUAUUGCUGCUCAAGAAGGCCACCUGGAUACAUGUGAAUAUUUGAUUAGUCAAGGAGCUGGUGCGAAUGAGGGAAAUAAUGAUGGCUGGACACCUGUAAAUAGAGCUGCUCUGAAUGGUGAUCUUAAUGUGACCAAAUAUUUGAUCAGUCAAGGAGCUGAUGUGAAUAAAGGAACGAAUGAUGAUUGUACUGCAUUACACAGUGCUGCACAGAAUGGUCAUCUGGAUACAUGUGAAUAUCUGAUUAGUCAAGGAGCUGAAGUGAAUAAGGGAGCUACUGAGGGCUGGACUCCUUUGAAUAUUGCUGCUCAAGAAGGUCAUCUGGAUACAUGUGAAUAUCUGAUUAGUCAAGGAGCUGAUGCGAAUGAGGGAGAUAAUGAUGGCUGGACACCUUUACAUAGUGCUGCUGAGAAUGGUCAUCUGGAUACAUGUGAAUAUCUGAUUAGUCAAGGAGCUGAUGCGAAUGAGGGAGAUAAUGAUGGCUGGACACCUUUACAUAGUGCUGCUGAGAAUGGUGAUCUUAAUGUGACCAAAUAUUUGAUCAGUCAAGGAGCUGAUGUCAAUGAAGAAUAUUUGAAGGGUUGUACUCCUUUACACUAUGCUGCUAAAGGGGCUCAUCUUGACACCUGCAAUUAUCUUCUCAGCCAUGGAGCUGAAGUGAAAAACGAAGACAGUGACGGUUGGACUCUAUAUAGUGCUUCUUCCUGUGGUCAUACAUUCAUAGCCAAAUAUCUGAUCAGUCAAGGUGCUGAGGUUAAUAAGGGAUAUAGUGACGGAUGCACUCCAUUACAUGUUGCUGCUCAAGAAGGUCAUCUUGACAUGUGCGAUUAUCUGAUCAGUGAAGGAGCUGAGGUUGGCAAGGGAGAUGGCGAUGGUUGGACCCUCUGUAGUGCUGCUCUAAACGGUCACCAAUUCAUCACCAAAUAUUUGAUCAAUCAAGGAGCUAAGGUGAAUGAUAGAUAUAGCAAUGGUCGAACUGCUUUACACAUUGCUGCUCAGAAUGACCAUCUUGAAGUCACCAAGUGUCUCAUAAGUUAUGAGGCAGAUGUCAAUACGACCGAUAAUCAGGCAUGGAUCCCCUUGCACGUUGCUGUUGAAGGCGGUCACUUUGAUAUAUGCGAGCAUCUGAUUGGCCAAGGAGCUGAAGUUAAUUAUGCUGAUAACAAGGGCUGCACAGCUUUACACCUCGCUGUUGAAAGUGGCAAUCUCGAUAUCACCAAGCAUUUGCUUUGUCAAGGAGCUAUGGUUAACAAAGAUAAUAACCAGGGUGAUACACCAUUACACAUUGCCGUUAAACAAGGUUUCUUCGAGUUUGUUCAAGUUCUACUUUCAGGAGGAGCGUGUUGCUUUUCUGAUGACAAGGAUGACCAGACGCCAUUACAUCACGCAUUGACUCUUGGGUUCAAAGAUAUCACCGAUCUACUCAUUGCUGAUUGGAAUACAAAGAGCAAUCUACCGAUUCUUCAGAUUGCUGUCCUCCGCGGUGAUGCAUCCCUAGUAGAGAAAUUAAUCUCUUAUGGAUGUGAUCUCAACAAUCAAUCAACUGAUGGUCAGACGUGUCUACAUAAAGCCAUUAAGUUAUGCUACAUGACUGAGAGGACUGUGAAGGAAACUGACACAUUAAAAAAGCCCAGACAGGAAAUUGAGUUUCGUGGUAUUCUGUUACAGAUAUCCAAUGAAUACUACAAUGGUGUUUUACCUUCUGAGAAGGCUUUGGUGUUCUAUCUUCUUGACAAUGGAGCCAGAUUAGAUAUAAGGGACGAUACAGGCAAUCUACCAAUCCACUAUGCUAAGGAUCCAGUAAUCAAUCAGAUGAUCUUGCUAAGGUCACCUAUAGAGGAUAUCGAAUAUUCAGGAGAUGCACGACCAAGCCGUGGUAAUAUUUCUGUGGAAGUUGAGUCAACUAUCGACCGAAAAAUUGAUCUAGAAGACCAUGGCGUGUCAAUCUUUAUUCCUCCUGGCGCUAUUCGUCAUGAUCACACGGGACUGAUCACCCUCACUCUCUUGCGAGAGCCACCAAUUGUCAACCUUCAAGAAGAUGAAUCAGUGGCUUGCUAUGGAAUCAGAUGUGAUCCUCCACAUAUGAUUUUCCAGCAUCCUGUUAAGAUCAGGAUACCUCACUGUUCAGUGGUCAUUAAUCCAGAUCAAAUGAACCCAGACAUCGUUUCUCGUGUAUGGGAUUCAGUAAAGGGUAAUAUGUUAUAA